AUGGCAUCACAGGCUGAAACCGUUCUUCAUUCAUUCUAUCCGAAUUCUAUCCACAAAUCGGCGAUCAAAUCAACUUCAAGCUUAAGAGCCAAUUUAUCCGCAAGCACUCCCUCUCCUGCAUCAUCAAAUCUCUCGUACGAUGAGCGACACUCGGUGUUAGGAGUCAACUCCCCUGCCUUCUCCUGGGUCAGCUCAUUAGUCGCGCUGAUCACCUCGUUGGCUCCUGGAUUUGAGCAGGGUCUCUCGCAAUUCGUGAUGAAAGAGUCCCCAGCCGCUCAUCAUGACCUGAUCUGGCGAUCAAAUCUGCAAACUCAAUGGCAAGGAGGCGAUGCAGUUGAUCGAAAAGAUUCCACCAAUGGAGGCAUUUGGUGGCCACCUUCGUGUCGAGCAUCACUUUGCACAAAGAUGAAAACGGAAAAACUGGCUCACGCACAAAGACACAAGAUCACCGCCGUUGCCCCGAACUCGUCGGCUUCAAAGAAUGGACUCACGCUCAAUCAGGCGAUUGUCGAAAUCGAUGGAAUCAGUGUCGUCGCUUAUUGUUCUAAAGAGGUGAGUCAUAAGUUGGAGAACGCGCCGAGAACGGGAUCGUUGACGGUGAUGCCCUGGGAGAAGUAUCAGCAACUUAUUUACAAG